CAUUGACCCCACUUAUCGACAGCAAUUGGUCAGUUUUUAGAAAGAAACACCUGUUCUCCGUAUAGCAGUUUUCCGAAUCAUGUGUCGGACUUGUCACUUGAUCUUCGAACAUGCUGGCAAGAGAACUGCCAGAUCACCUGAAGUUAGGUACAAUCGAGGGGCAUUUUCGCUGUCGGUGGAGAGUUAGCAAAAGUGGGAACACUAUCUCUGUGGUAGCUAGACAGAAGUCUAGCCGAAGAUUAAGGCCAAGAAUGGCUGCUGUAGGAAGAGUGCAGCACCGAUGGGACACUACUCGUCCCAUGAUGCUGCCGAAACCCAUUGUGCCACCGAAAGCUCGUAUGGUUACCUUCUUUAAAAACGGUGACCAAUUUUAUAGUGGAACUAAAGUUUCUAUAAUGCCUGGCAAAGACUUCGUCUCUUUAGACAGCUUAUGUGAUUAUUUGACACAACGUAUGAGUAUACCCCAUGGCGUGAGAUACAUUUUUUCUCUGACUGGGAGAAGAAUGAUCGAUUUAGAUGAUUUGCAAGAUGGCUAUUCUUACGUCGUUUCGGGGACCAAAAACUUCCAAGAGCUUGCCUACGGACAAUCCAAUAGAAUACGGCCUUCUCUUGUGUCUAGGGCCCAUUUACCCUUAGCCAUUCGAAAAGAAGAUCUUAAACUGUACCGACCUGUAUCUCCCCUUCCCAGUCAAGUCUGGAGAGUGAGGACACCAAAAAAUCUUCGUAGCCGUUCCUUACCAACUCAAAAUGAAGGAAAGACGAUCACUGUCGUCAACAGCCAGAAUCCGACUGUUUUCAGCAGAGUUCUUCUUAACUUACGUACAACACAAACUUUUGAGGAAAUUGUAGAAGAUUUAGGACAGGCGAUCAAACUUCCUCAGGCUAAAAGGAUAUAUAAUCAAAUGGGUGAUGAGGUUCGUAGUUUCUCCCAAUUGAAACACGAAUUGAAGAAAUGCGAAACUUUCUACGUUGACAUAGAGGAGACCAACAACAACAGUUUGAGUGAUCGAGACAAGAGUGAAGAUGGGUACUUCUCGAUGGACGUUAACGAAAAUAACUUGAAACACUCGAGGGAGUCGGGCCUCAUUCAGGCUGGCAGUCUACCUAAUUUAUCAGACAACAUGAAAGAUGAUUUGAUAUCCCAAGAAACAACAACGGAAGUUCUCGAAACUAUCCGUUCAUCGCCUCUGGCACUGACGAAGUCUCCAGCUCCUCGCAAACCUGUACGAGCUUCCAAAGGUCAGGUGAAUCCUGACAGAAAAAAGAACUCUCAACUAAAGAAUGGCAAGAAAGUGCAAGAUGCCAGUCAAGUGAAGGUUGCGAACAAUAGUCCUCCAGACAAACGCCUCGAAAUUGCCUGGGUUCAUGGGUAUCAUGGCUUGGAUCCAGCCCGAAAUCUUUUUAUUCUAUCAACAGGCGAGCUUGUGUACUAUGUAGGUGCCAUGGCUGUUUUGCAUCAUUAUACUAAUGGUACUCAGAGACAUUACCAAGGGCAUACAGAAGAUAUUUUGUGUAUGGCUCUCCACACACACGACGACGUGCUGGCGACAGGACAAGGGACAGGAAUCGAUAACAAAUCUCAGGCUCAUAUUCGUGUUUGGAGAGCUGAUGAUUUAACAACACUAGCUGUUAUAGGUCAAGGGAAACUAGAAAGUGAUAUUGUUGGAGCUGUAUUUUCUUGGGAAGGUUCUAUGAUGAUGAUCCUGGAAGGACUUCAAGAUACUGUCCUGUCUCUUUGGGAUUGGCAGAAUGAUAUGGAAGUGACUCGUUCGACGACAGGGCAAUCUCUCCUUGGAGGAGCUUUUCAUCCUUUGGAAGACGACAUUAUAGUAACUUAUGGCAGGCAACAUUUAGCAUUCUGGUUAAAAGAUGGAAAUGGCGUCUUGAACAGGAAAGAUCCAUUAUCUGCGGGAAGAUCUGGCACAAAUUUUCUUUCCAUGGAGUUUUUGUCAGAUGGCAGAUUAGUCACUGGGAACUCCAGAGGUUUCAUUACUGUAUGGGGUCUUAGCGAAGACUCGGGAAAAGUAUUUUUUAUCCAAAAAGAAUUUAAAGCUCAUGAUGGCGAAGUAACUGCUCUGCUUCCAUUACCAGAAGGUGUCUUGAUAUCUGGUAGCAGUGCUAUUGAUCAAGAAGGGGAGAUUCGUGUAUGGGAUACUUCGAAAAAAUUUUCUGGGCUAGCAUCUGCAGUGCUUCCAACCGGAUCCGGAGGAGUGACAUCUCUCUGUCCCCAGAAGACUGUGACUAACGAGUGGGAAGUCUUUGUAGGGACAAAUAAGAAUGUCAUUUUAGAAGGUUCCGUCAUGUGGGCGUUGAACCCUGUUGUUCACGGUCACUGUGAUGAUGUUCGUGCAAUGGCAUGCCAUCCAGACCAGCCCUGCUUUGUUACUGCUGGAUUGGAUCGAUACAUCUGCAAGUGGGAAAUCACUAGUCUCAUAUGGAAAGUGCAGAGUGAUAGUGAAUGCUUUUCUGUAACCAUCCACCCACAUGGGAGCAUUGUGGCAGUUGGGGACGAACACGGAGACGUGACAUUUUUGAACAUGGAGGACGGAUUGCAUGUCACAACAUUACCUGUUACUAACAAUCCACUUUAUACAUUGAAAUAUUCUCCAGACGGUGAUACUCUCGCUGUAGGUUGUGCAGAUGGAAACAUCUAUCUUUUUCAAACGCACAGUAACGGAUACAUGUACAAAAUCGACUAUGUAUUACCUGGUAGCGUACCUAUAUUGAUGCUGGAUUGGUCCGUUGAUGGAAGUCAUCUGCAAGCGGUGUUUACAGACAAUGAAUAUCAUGACAUAACUUUCUGGGAUCUUAGACGCAAAGAAAAAUUGCACAGUGCUUCGCAACUGAAAGAACUGGAAUGGUACAAGCCAAAUUGUACUUUAGGUUACAAAAUCAAUGGGAUGUGGAAUAAUAAACAUAUACCAGAAGCUGUUCAUGUUUGCUGUCAUGUCUCUAAUUCCAAACAUCUGCUCGCGGCUGGAGACAAGAAUGGUUACAUUCGACUGUUUCGUUAUCCGAGUACUAGUGAUAAAGCUGCUUAUUACGAAGAAAAGCAGUGCAGUACAGAUGUCAAUGUCAUUCAAUUUCUAUUCGAUGAUAGUUAUCUCAUCUCCACUGGUGGUCCUGAUGGAGCCAUUUUUGUAUGGAAACUUAUACCCUCCAAUGUUGCUUGAAAAUAAUCUAGAUUUUACUGAUAGAAAUGAGAGAUUUGUUUACUGCUGA